CUCACUCACUCAACAAUACACCUCAGGCUCUCAAAACCCACUGAUAUGGGCUGUUACGCAAUAUACCAAGGAUGCAUUUAUAUAUUGUUUCUUUAUCUCUCGCUCUCUCACACACACAACCAUCCUGUCAUUGUAAUACAUUCAGUACCCAAAGGCCAUGGCAAACCAGACAAGAGAAUCUCAAACCCAUCAUAUGGGUUAACACAUAUACAUACACAUUGAUGAGCCUUUUAGGCGAUAUGUUUUAAUAAACCAGGAUCCACGGCCUGAGAUGUUGGCUUGUAACGGCCAUGUACUGACUUGUCUGAGCCCUGUCCCGCUCACCACCGCAAAUAUAGUUACGUUUGUAAAUUCUUCGUAAUCUGAUGAUCUAACGUCAUGCAAAUGCACACGCCCCAUAUGCUAUACGCAUUGUGCCUAAACAGACAGGAAGUGAUGUGACAUCUGUGGUAGGGUGACCUGCAGGAAUAGAGGAGGUGGCCAUCAAAGCCACUUGUCACACGUCUGCCAAGAACCUGAAACAUGGCAUAGCAGUAUCCACGAUACUGAGAAUGGAUUCUCCUCCUGAGUGUGUCUUGGCUCUGUCGUGUGAGCCACCCCAGUCACCUCCCACACUACCAUCUCUGGACCACAGUCCCCAGGCGUCCCCACCACACGGCCUUCCGGGCCGGCCCGUCCACCUCAGCCCCUCAGCCCUGUCCCGCAGCCCAGAGCCCCUGUCGGACACCCCCGACACCACCCCCUGCUUCCCCCUCUCCCCCUUCGCCCUCAAUCACCACGGCGAGCAGGAGGAGGAUGACGAAGAGGAGAUGUCCGUCCCUCCGUCCCCCACCCCUGCCGUCGCACUUUUUCCGGGGGAUCCGGCGGAGGUGUGUAGCCCCUCUCCGGAGAGCUCUCCUCCGGCCACGCCGAUGUCAUCGGCCCCUCUCCCCGGGUUCGGGGCCCUGGAGCUGGCUCUGUCCUCUGGGCAGCAGGGUGCCUGUAGUGAUGAGCUGGACCUCCAGCUCUUCCAUAAAGACGGGGGAAGCCUGUCCGGCUCCAUGCCCGGGACUGGGGGAGGUUCUGGUGGAGCGGCUGGUCUCAAGUUCCCCUGCCUGGUCUGUGGAAAGAGGUUCCGCUUCCAGAGUAUCCUGUCACUCCAUGCCCGUGCUCACAGUCUGGACCGAGACCGUCGAGCCGCUGCUCUCUACCGGACCGCCAGCUCCACAACCGGGAGCAUCAUCGGGAAGGGGUCCACACCGCAUCUCAAGGGGUCCACACUGCAUCACCAGAACCACAGUGACACGGGGCAGAAUCACCGGAGCCACCGCCGGAGCCUCCAGCUGUCGGGAUCUCUCACCCACAGCCUGAGAGAGGAGGGCGAUGAAGCUCUGCAGACGGACCGCCAGACCCUCCAACCCUUCCUGAUGGACGACAGCACCCCUCUAACCCCUCCGAUGACCGAAGAGGUGCCUCUCUCCCUCACCUCCCCCUACUCCUCCUCCUGCGGCCCGGCUGGCAUCGGUCCCAUCGUUCUGGACGACGCCGCCCCGGCCUCGGCCGCGUCCGCCGCGUUCCGCUGCCACGCCUGCAAAGGGAAAUUCCGCACGGCCUCGGAGCUGGCCCGCCACGUCCGGAUCCUCCACAACCCGUACAAGUGCACCCUGUGCCACUUCUCCGCCAGCCAGGAGCAGAGCCUGGCGGCCCACCUCCAGGACAGCCACCCCCCCCUGUCCUCACCGUCCCUGUCCCCCCCGGCGGAGCUCCCCGCCCCGCCCCCCUACAACCCCAGACGCCCCGGGGUCGCCAGCACCGUCGCCACCAUGGCCGUCCCCUCCCCUGCCCCGGACACUGCCAUUCCCGCUCCGGCCGUCACCCCGGCCCUGGUCCCGGGGGCGCCCCCGCUGCCGGCCUUCCGCUGCGAGACGUGCGGCCAGCGGUUCACCCAGUCAUGGUUCCUGAAGGGUCACAUGAGGAAGCACAAGGACUCCCUGGACCACAAGUGUCAGGUGUGUGGCCGUGGCUUCAAAGAGCCCUGGUUCCUCAAGAACCACAUGAAGGUCCACCUCAACAAGCUGGGUCUCAAGGCCGGUCUGGGAGGGCUGGUGGGUCCUGGAGCCGGGGCUGAACAAGGCGGGUCCAAAGGGUCGGUCACCAACCAGGGCAUUAACUCUCUCUACUCCAGCCUCCUCCUGGCCCGAGCAGGCGGCGGCGCUAGAGGGGGCCGAGGAAGGGCCGACCGGGAUGGCGCCGGUAAAUCCGCCAUCUUGGGCUACCUGGGGUUGCCCAGCGACGGCGGUGCCAGCUGCAUGGAACGCCUACAAGCCGUGGCGCAGGUGGCGGAGAUGGGGAACGGGAACGGGGGAGGAAGAGGAGGAGGGGACACGGCGCCGGACGGAGGCGACCAGAUAGCCAUGUGGCAACUGGUAGCUCGUAGCCUGGUGGCGGCUCAGCAGGCCCAGCAAGCCCAGCAGACGCAGAGGCACAAUCAGAGGAGCCAGGCCCAGCACCAGCACCGAGCCCCGUCCAGGAGCUCCGUGGUGGGGGAGGCCGAGCAGGUCAGGGCCUACCUCGGAGGCCUGGAUCCCAGGGAGGAGCCGCCGUCCUCUGCGGCCCCGUGGGAGUGUCCUGACUGCGGGAAGCUGUUCCGGAGCCUUCAGCAGGUGGUGGUGCAUGCCCGCGUCCAUGUCCAGCGGCCCCAGAAGAGCCACGGUCACCCUCCGCGCCAUGCCGCGGCUGGAGAGGAGGACGGAGGGGCGACCCGGGUUACGGGAGGACGAGGAGGAGGCGGAGGGAGAGGAAGUAGUGGCGAGGGACGACCGGAGCCCAAACUUCAAAGUAGUCUCCAGCAUUCAUCUGGGGGCGGAGUCGGAGGGUUCCAGUCGGUGAUGUCAUCAUUCCAAGGAGAGAACGGUCUGUCUGGAUCAUCGUCAGGUUCAUCUGUGACCUCCAGGGAGCGUGUGCGGGGCACUGGGGUGAAAGAUUGCCCCUAUUGCGGUAAAGCUUUCCGCUCCUCUCAUCACCUUAAAGUGCAUCUGAGAGUUCACACAGUUUGUGUACCUCUUUCAGGGGAGAGACCGUAUAAAUGUCCCCACUGUGACUAUGCUGGAACCCAGUCUGGCUCCCUCAAAUACCACCUCCAGAGGCACCACCGAGAACAAAGGAACGCCAUGGGAGCCUCUUCCUCCACCGCCUCCUCCCCCGGCCUCACGUCUGCCUCCCUGGGAUGCGGCGGGGCUUCUCUGGGCGAGGGGAGGGAGGGGAUGACUAAGUCGCGCCGGCCCCAGAACCUCAACCACGGCUCGGCCGCCCGAGGCCCGGCGGAGACCCCGUCGUCCCGGCGCAGCCAGCACCAGCCCUGGAUUCUGGGGCUCCCCGAACCGAGGGACCGGGACCACGUAAAGGACGUCGGGGGACUGAGAGAGACCGACCUGGAGAGCCAGUACCGGUACCUGUCCGGGGUGAUGGGGGCUUUGUACCAGGGAGGGAUGGAGGGAGGGUGGACCAGGGAGUCCUCCAACUCCAGCCCCACCCCGCCCCCAGCGAAGGCGCCCAAAAUGUCGCGCCGUAAGCCGCUCACCACCAGCCGCAUGGUGCCGACCAACGGCGGGGAGCCGAAGGGAGGAGAAGCGGCUCCUCAAGGCGGCCAUGAGGAAGGCCCGUCGUCCCAGCCGCUGGAUCUCUCCCGUCGCACCUCCCCCGGCCUCGGAGGUCUGGAGGAGGACGGAGCGUCAACUAGAGGAGGUAGCGGAGGAGGAGGAACAGGGGUAACGAUCAACCAGUGCCUGUUCUGCCCUUUCCGUACCUCCUCGGCUGAGCUCAUGGCCAUGCACCUCCAGGUCAAUCACACCAGCAAGUCUCGGCGUAAGAGGGGGGCUCCAAAUCCUGGCACCUUGGGGGAGCAUGUGAGGCCCCCCCAGCCCCGGACCGAACCAGACCCCCUGGCCCUGUGGAGGUACCUGAGCGAGGCGGAGGACCGAGCCCCUCUGGAGGAGUGGGCCUCAUCCAGGAUGGAGAGGAGCACAAAGAAUGGCCUUACCCUAAAGGAAGGGGACCUAGAGGGCAGCUACAACCACCCCCAGGCUUCUAACAGGGCCUCCACCCCUAACAAGACAAGCAUUGGCCUCGCCGCCCUGGGGCUGGACAGCAAGAUGGAGGAGGAUGAAGAGGAAGAAGAAGAGGACCAAGAAGAUGAGGAUUUGGAAGGGGAGAGCAGUAGUCCUGGGGAAUCCCCAAGGGAGCAGGCAAUGAGGAUGUCUCUCUCCAUGUCACCCGGCCUGGCCCCCGAACGUCUAACACGAGAGGAGGGUGGAGUGAUGGGGGAAUAGACAGCAGCAUCAACAACGACAACAACAUAGUCGACAAGUUGAGAAGAGAAGGGAAGUCUUGGGGCGGGAUUUUUGCUAAACAGGAAGUAAAGCCCUUUCAGAUUUGGUGUCGUUAUAUCACUUCCUGGUUCUCUCAAGCAGUCCUGGUUCAUUGUCAUGGUCACAACCCUUGGCCCUUGAGAGCACCGAGAACCACGUCCAUCGAGAGGGUACGUGACGAACAGCUCACAGACCUCCUAAGGAACUUCUGAAACAUACAUUUUUUUCGCAUUUACAUCCCGGAACUCAGCGCAGUCCUCCAUCUGCUCGACCAACAACAGCCCCUCCCCCCCUUUGUACAAACAGAGUGCGGUGUGACUCUUUUCUCUUCAGGACUUUUGAGGCCUUCUAUAUUCCAGUUUCCUGUUUUUUUCCAUUCUAUCUACUACCAAGAGGGCUAAUUGUGAUGAUUUGAUUGAGAUUGUCCUCUGGCUGCUGUGAGUCUUACUAUUAGCAUGUGAGCUAAAUGAAACUGGGACAUUCUACCAUUUUGAGAGUACUACUGCUUCUAUGAGUAACGUGAUUGAUUAGUUGUACCCCUUAACGCAGUGAAUGGAGGAAAUACAUAGCAGGACAAGUGGCAAAGGACGCCAAACGCCCAACUGCCAUUUAGUUGCCAGUUCUUGUUGCUUUUCUGUUACGAGGACGCAUUAUGGUUUGUUCUUGACCACUGAUUUGGAACCACGGUUCAACCGGAACCGGUCAAGCCCUAAACUCUAACCAAGCUACCCAGCUUUCCACAGGAGCGACUUUUUACCAGACGAUGGCGCCCACGACAAUGACCAAGGAUACGAUAACCCCCGCCCCCCCCCCCCCCCCCCGACCCUGAUAUCACUGCCUCUCAUUGGUCGGAUUGCUCUUCCAAGGUUGCCGCAAGGGACAGAGGAGCAGUUGGUUUUUCCAAUCCCCCUCCUCACACACACUUCAGUUCAGUGCCUGUCAAUGUAUGGUUUGUCGUCAAGGGGAGUUCAACAGUAUAGCCCCUGUUGUUUCCGGGCUCUCAUAGGAAAAUCAUAUCUGAGUAUACAGUAUAAAAAUAAAGAAUAUAUGUAACAAAAUGGUUCUAGGGUAUUGUGAAUAGGAAACUGUAGCGGUUAAACCAACUGGUGUAGAUCUGUCUCUCGUGAUGAAAGACUAGUAGCAGUUCUACUUGGUUUCUGUGGAAAAGAUGAUAAAGCACUUCGUCCUCGUUGAUGAAAAAUAUCGUUAUGACCGAACCUAGGUCAAGUCGAAAGCUCAAGAAUUGGAAAGGCAGUAUGAAAGGUCAGUGUUUACAGCAGAAAUGCCGGUGAGUUCAGAGUCAGACGUGCUAACGGGGAUUCGUACAUCGGUCGCGGUGUCCGACUGACCAUCGAACAAACAGAAACAAAGCAAGACGGGUGGAUGGACGGUGCGUCCCGAACACAAUCAGCUGACACAACUGGUCUGGUGACCAAGAGGCCACCGCUAAGUGUCGCAGGCGUUCAUUUAAUUCCUUUCAUGAGAGACAGAACAGGAAAAACAAAGAGACGGAAAAGAUUUGAGAGGAAUGAGCGAGUUCCCCACAGAGUGAGGGACUUGGAGAAUGCAAACUGUUGUACUCUUGGCAGUCUUUCAAAUGAAUAGUUUUUCUUUUCUUUUUUUUAUAUAAAAAAAGAGUAAGCAUUUUAAACACACUAACACAUCCAUAGAUACAUCCCAGUAGAAUAUGUGUAGCUUUUCUAAAGACAAGAAGAAAAAAGAAAAAGUACUUUUUAUGUUUAUUUUCAUUUCAAGAAGAGAAAGCUUACAGAGAAGGUUAUGAAUAUAGGUCAUAUUAAGAACUUACAAGGCUUGUUGUUGGGGAAAAGACUAGUCGGAAUUUCAUGUCUAUAAAGAGCACUGUGCAAGGUUUAUAAUUUUCCAAAGUAGUUGUUUUUUAUUUUGACUAUUGAUAGACCAAACUAUUUUUUUUUUCAUUGUAAUGAGUCACUUUCAGUUGGAGUGUAAAGCUGCUGUUUCAAUCCGCUCGCUCCCUGCCCGAUCGAUCAAUCAAGCAAUUAAGCAAUCAAUCUAUAAUCCAAUCAAAUCAUUACUUUUACCACACACGAAGGCCGCGACUGCAUAUAAUUUGAUACCAAAGUAGUAAUCUCGACAUGCGAUCACAAUUCAGCACAUUUGUAAAAUGGCCAUGGUAUUCAGUUAGCAUAUUCAUGAUUGUCACCACAGCAUGUCACCAGCAAACAUGCAAAUCUCAUUUUAUUCAAAUGGCGUUGUAAACGUCACAGCAGUUAUUUGAUUGGAUGAAUCAUGCCUUGUCGCUCUCCUAGCCCAUUCAUUGACGGCGCGCGAGCUUGCAGUUGGAACCGCAGCGUUACUUCUCAUCGACGUGCGUUAAGUGUUUUACUUCUGUCCUCUUGUAGUGCACCUUAUAUAAGUUUAGCAUUUCCCUAUCUGGUGUCUCCUUAAAGACUUAGGGCUGCACCCGUAAAGGUACCUUAAUCACUAUGCAGUCCACUGCUUUGGAGCGGGAACAUUCUACGAGCCAUUGCUACGAGCCCUGGUCCGAAGUGUGCUACGGGCCCUGGUCCGAAGUGUGCUACGAGCCCUGGUCCGAAGUGUGCUACGGGCCCUGGUCCGAAGUGUGCUACGGGCCCUGGUCCGAAGUGUGCUACGGGCCCUGGUCCGAAGUGUGCUACGGGCCCUGGUCCGAAGUGUGCUACGAGCCCUGGUCCGAAGUGUGCUACGGGCCCUGGUCCGAAGUGUGCUACGAGCCCUGGUCCGAAGUGUGCUACGAGCCCUGGUCAGAAGUGUGCUACGGGCCCUGGUCCGAAGUGUGCUACGAGCCCUGGUCAGAAGUGUGCUACGAGCCCUGGUCAGAAGUGUGCUACGAGCCCUGGUCAGAAGUGUGCUACGAGCCCUGGUCAGAAGUAGUGCUCUGUGAUCAGAAGUAGUGCUCUGUGAUCAGAAGUAGUGCUCAGUGAUCAGAAGUAGUGCUCUGUGAUCAGAAGUAGUGCUCUGUGAUCAGAAGUAGUGCACUACGCAGUGAAUAGGGUGCCGUUGGGAAGGCAGCCUGCAGUGUCAAUGCCACCGUGCCUUCUGUGUCAAGCACUUCCUGGAGUUGGUAUUUUGUAAGCUCACCAAAAGCACUUAGCCCACAUCUCUCUCUCUCUCUCUCUCUCUCUUUGCCUCUGUCUCUCUCUCUCACUCACACUUUAUUACACCACAUCUCAAUGUGCAAUCACAAAAAA